AUGGACGACCUCAAUUUCUUGGAGCAAGCUGCUGCUGCCGACGCUUCGGCGACGUCAACUCUCAUGGUGCUGUUGCCUGACGGCUCCGUCGUCCAGAUCCACAACAUCAGCAGGUUCGCACUUCUCGACAAAUGUCCGCUCUUGUACCACGCCUUCGAGUUCCGUGAGUUCAGUGAGGUCGAACAAGCUAGCAUAGAGGCUACGUCGCGAUCCGCCGUUGUAUCGCUACUCAGGUUCCUGUACACCGGUACCUACGUUUCUGACCCAGAAGAAUGCUUAGGCUCUCUUCUCCCCCAUGCCGAAGCUUUCAAGGUCGCCGAGGACUUUGACGUCCCCGAGUUCCAAGUGCAGGCCUAUGUCAACUUCACACGAGAGACCGAAUUCGCCUGUUGCAACGCAACGCCCCCUUCGGAUCUAUGCGAAACCAUCAGGUUCAUCUACGAACACUUUGGGGGGCGAAAUUCCAACUCGGAUGAACAUAGAUCUCUUCUGGACACGAUCCUUAAUUACUGUGUCUCCGUCUUCAAAUACCAAUUGCUUGGUGACCGGGUGGAUUUCCGCCAGACCGCCUUCGAAAACUUUACCUUCCACCAAGACCUUUGUAGAACCAGCAUGCGUCGAAACUUCGAGGAUGACGGAGCGAACGAGAUCGUGCAACUACCCGUGUGUCGCCCAACGCCACACUCGCAGGCUACCCUGCUCAAGCGCGCUAUCGGUGAUUUCCAAUACGAGAUAUUCCAGGAUGAUGAGGGACCUGCUUUGGAAGGCAACGACACCGAGGGUAGCAGUCACACGAAGAAGCAAGAGCCGUCGCACGGAGGCUUCACUCUUGUUCACAGACCCAGGACACUUGGUGGAGGAGCGACCUGUUCAGCAAGCGAUAGUGACUCCGAGAGCUCGAGCGACGAAUUCGGAUUCUCGCUCGUCCACCGCCCAAAGCCUGAGUCACAAACCGAGCCGGUCCUGACCCAUUCCCCGACAGCGACCGAUCCGUUUGCAAAGCCCUUCACAGACCUUGUUCCGUCGAACCCAUUCCACGACCCUGGCCCCUGGGAAGUUAUCAAGCCAGACGUCACCGUCAAGCUAGAGUCUGCUAUCAAAUCAGAGCCUACCAUCAAGUCAGAUUCCAACGUCAAGCAGGAGACUGCCGGUUCGACUUCUGACGACGAAUGGGAUUUUGUCAAUUGGUCUUGA